UGUAUAGGUUUUGUUAAACUUCAGCCGCUAAAUUCACAUUUGCCCUGUCUUUGCUAAAGAUGGAAACCCUACCCCUUUAGCAACAUCAGCCAAGAGAAUAAUAGUAGGGUUUGCGCGGCAGGAUUCUCACAAAAGAAUAUCCCUUACUAACUGAAAGAUCUGAGCUUUCUUCCACUGCAAAAAUGGCUAUUGGCAAGAAAGCUAAGAAGACCCAUGAGAGCAUCAACAACAGGCUCGCUCUGGUUAUGAAGAGCGGAAGGUUCACUCUCGGUUACAAAACCGUGCUUCGCUCUCUCAGGAACUCUAAAGGUAAACUUAUUAUAAUUUCGAACAAUUGCCCACCGCUCAGAAAAUCGGAAAUCGAGUACUAUGCGAUGCUUGCAAAGGUCGGAGUCCACCAUUACAAUGGAAACAAUAUCGACUUGGGAACUGCUUGUGGCAAGUAUUUCCGUGUCUCUUGCCUGAGCAUAAUUGACCCAGGUGAUUCUGAUAUCAUCAAGACCCUCCCUGGUGAUCACUGAUCAGAUUGCAUAGAUACCUUGCAGCAGAACGUCUUCCUUUCAGCAUCCUCUUCUUUUCAGAAUUUGUACUAGAAGACCCUUCACUGUGUAUUCGUUUGUUUAUCAAAUUGUGUAGUUAUGGAGAUGGCAGGUUUUAAAUAGUGUUAUUAUUGGGAAAUUAUUAUGCAUGAAGAUAACGGCAUCUAUUUCUGUA